AUGGCCGAAUCGAUGGCACCACACACUGCUUUACUGCUGGACUUGGAUGAAGAUUAUUUUGAUCGGUUUCAACUGAAGCGUGGUCCGGUCAUCGGCAAGGGCAUGAGCGGCCAAGUUAUUCUCGCAACGUCUAAAACUCGGAAAUACAGGCUGGCAGUGAAAAUGUUCUCAAUGCUCAACCAAGACGACGACAGGAAUAAACAGCUGCAUGAGCAGGAGGUCAAGGCCAUGUGGGGAGUGGACCAUCCAAACAUCAUCAAGCUCAUAUCGGCCGUACGAUGCCCACACUACUGGGCAAUAACCACGCCUUACUGUAGAAACGGAACGCUGUCUCAGAGACUUUCAGAACUCACCCCUCAGCACCUUGCACUUUACAUGAUACAGCUGUCUUGUGCUGUGCGUUACCUCAACAAGAAAAGAAUCGUCCAUGCAGACAUCAAACCAGCCAACGUCUUCUUAGAUGAUAAGCGACACGCAGUCCUAGCAGACUUUGGGCUCUCCUUUGUGGUAGAAAAAGCCAAAGACCACAGUGCAAAGAUUGGCGGCACUCCGGCCUUCAUGGCACCAGAACUGCACGGUAACGGAAAAAUUGACCCUUUUAAACUGGACGUCUACUCACUUGGUGCUGUCGUCUGGUGUAUGCUGUUUCGAGUGGAACCAAACUCCAUGACAGAAUACAAUUACCUGGAUGAGCUGAAUAUUUCCCCGGAUGUUCCUCACAUUUAUAGUUACCGUGCUUUCGGACUGUAUAUUUUGACGGCCAUGCUGCAACAGGAACCAGAGGCAAGGAUUGAUAUCAUCACCAUGCUGGAGAAAGUAAAAGAGAUGAACUUCCACGUGGAAUGGAUAAAUGCACUUUGA